UUUGGUGCAUUAAUAUAACAUCAGUAAAUACGUAGAUUAAUUUUUUUUUGCGUGACAGUAUUGUAUUUUCUUUAAUAAUAGAAAAACUCGUUUUGGAACAUAACCUCUCACGAUAAACAAUGAUAGUAACACUUCAAGAAAUUUUUUAAUUUGUUGAGUGUACAAGCUCAAGUAGAAAUUUUAUUGAAGGAGAAAGAGUGCUUAAUUCUAAGCACAUAUUGAAAUGUGGUAAAUUAGAAUCUGAGAAUUUAAAUAUACGCGCAUACUGUUAUUUACAAAUAUCCAAUUUGAAAGGACCACCUCAUGAAAUUAGUGGAGUUAUUGGAAUAAAUGGCUCAAUUAUUAGUUUUAAUUGCUCAUGUUAAGCAGGGCAAAGUGAAAGAUGUAAACAUGUUGUUGCUGUGCUAUUGUAUUGCUACAGGUAAUAUUAUAAAUCAUUUGGGAAGUUAUUAAUCGUUCAACUCAAUACAUAAACUUUGUUUCCUUUGAAUUGCAGAUGUAACGAUUGUAGUGAAUUGGAAUUAUUAUCGAGUACAUAUCUCAAGUGUACAUGGAAAACACCACAAAAAAAGGCUUUAGAGCAAUAUCAAGCAACUACCGUCGAACAACAUGAGUGCUACAAUAAAUUAUAUAAAGGCUGUGAUACAAUUGCUCUGUCUGCUCAUCAGAUAUCUCAAUUGCAAGAAAGAUUGUUAAACUCUUCUAAAAAUGCGCUUACAAAGCACAUUACUGGAAGACACGAAGUUUUAGAUGUUAACAGUAAUAACAAUCAUGAUGAUAAAACUUUAGAACUAAUAAAAGCAAUAGUCUAUAAUGAGGAAUCAGACGUUAUGAAAAAAGUAGCUUUAGUUUCAGUUUCAACACUGAAAGAUUGUUGCUAUGAAAAGUUGAUCAGUUUUUACAAAGAAGAUAUUCUAGUUUCUUGUAUUGAAUUGGAAAGUAAUAAUGCAGAAUGGAGGAAAAUUCGACAACACCGUGUGACAGGAUCAAGAGUAUAUAAAUUAUAUACGUACAGUUCAAAUAAGAAGCCUGAUUGGAAAAACAAGUCUUUAUCGUACUUUAAUCCAAAAUCUUUUAAAAGCAAAUAUACAAAUCAUGGGAUUAAAUAUGAGCAAGAAGCAAUAAAAGAAUAUGAAAAGUACACAGGAACAACGGUUACAAGAUGUGGAGCUGUUAUUUCAAGAUCGAAUGCUUGGAUGUCGUACACUCCAGAUGGUGUAAUUGUAACAAAUGGUAAACCUUCUUUGUUAUUAGAAGUGAAAUGUCCUUACGCUGGUAAAUCCAAAGGUAUAACUGAAGUACUAUCAAGCUUGAAAUAUAUUAAAAUAACUGGAGAAAGUGUUGUAUUUACAGAAAGACAUGAAUACUAUGCUCAAAUACAAAUGGGAAUGGCCAUUUUGAAUAUAUCAUCAACAGCUUUUAUGAUCUAUGCAUCAUCAGACUCCAGUUUUAUUAUUUUUGAUGUACCAUAUAAUGAAAAUUAUAUAUUCAAUAUCUUAGCCAACGUUAAAAGAUCUUAUUGUGAUAAGAUGAUCCACUAUAUCUGUUCAGAAGAAAUAGAAAAUGUACAAAAAGAAAACAAUAUAGUUUGAAACAAUAAAACAUUUUAUUAUUAAAUAUAAAAAUUAUGAAUAUAAUUAUUUAUUAAAUUUGUCAUCUUUCAAUAUAGGACUUGUCAAAUUCACAAUAGCUGCAAUAAUCACAAAUAUUUGAUCGAUCCUGGGCACCAAAUAUGAUGGUACUUUAGAACUUAAAAUCUUAAAAAUUUUUAAUCUUUGAUUAGAUCUCUCUAUGUGUACUCGAGCUUUAGCAAUCUUCGCGUUCAAUAGAGCUUCUUCUUUUGAAAAUUGAAUUUUAUUUGUUAAAAAAGGUGGUCUUAUUAACUGCACAUUGUGUUCUCGACAAGCA